AGGAACUGACAUAAGUCAGACAUUUCCGGUGUUGAAUCGUACUGCCCCCUAGUGGAAAGACUGUAUGUGGCGGAAGGAGACUUCAAGACGAUUUGAUAAGAAGAAUCGUGCUUUCCACGCAUGGCACAAAGACGUCAAGGAUGAUUUCCCAGGUGUUGCUGUUGAGGGCGCUAGGCUGCCUGCUGCUAAUACCAGGUUUGCUUGAAGCAACAUCUCUGGUGAAAGUAAAAAAUCCAGGAGGGAACCCGCUUAGCAUUGACUCUGCUCAGGCACACGAUUUCUUGACCAAUUCUCGACCUAAGAGGAACAUUGACCCAAAGUGGUACCGAGGCACUCCAGAUUUUCAGUCCUAUUACCGCUUCUACAACAGUAUUGGACACAUUGAAGGGCUCUACGAGAUUGACAGGAUCAGGAUGUUGUAUCAGCAGAUGCGUCACUUGGAGCUGACCUAUGGUCCGGACGCUUCCAGUUACCAAAAUGUCUUGGGUGUACUGACAACCACUGCAGCACCAACUACCACCACUCAGCCUCCCACCACCCCUGCUCCGACCCCAGACCCUCUGGAGAAUGCUCAGAGGAUCUAUCUGUGUAACCCCAAAGAUCCACUGUGCAAACCUCAGAUCGUCUACCUGCCAACAGGGGCUGUCCCAGUGCUGUGUGACCCUCGACUCAACCCCUCCUGCAGACCUAGAACAGAGGAGGAGAUAAAAGCUGCUGCUCCUCCCCAACCACCCCCUGCUCCUCCUGCUCCCAAAAAGUCUGCCCCACCUCCCCCUCCUGUUGUCUCUGCUAAAGGUAUGGAGUAUGACUGUGACCCAUACUGGGACCCCGACUGCCUCAUCGAUCACCCUCCCCGCCCAAUCCAGGACACAUCCGCACCAGAGGCACCAGCUGAAGAGAAAGUGGUGAAAGAAGAAGUAGCAAAAGCCGAGGAAAGUGUCCCUGCAGCACCAGCCACCCAGAAAGCCCCCUCGCCUUACUUUGACCCUUAUGAUUUCAAACGUGACCUUUAUGACCCCUUUAAAUAUGCCAAUCCAGCUCCCGAACAGUAAAAACAAAGUGCUUAACAAAUUAUUCUACGUAGGGUGAGACUACAAAAUUAAAUCACAAGACCAAACCAAGGCAGGACUGUGAGCAACUCCACAUUAAAAACAAAGAGAACGAGUUGAAUUGUGCCAGUCAUCAAAUGUUUCAUGGAGCAGACAUAAAAACAAAGCUUCCGUGCUCAUAGU